UCAAAGUCCCGCGGCCGGGGAUGCAAGAGGCAAGAGGACCAGCGUUUCAAAGGCAACGAAGUUGGACAAAGCUCUGCACUGAUCCCAGGCUACCCUGCUCUCUCCAUUUAAGUUUUGCCUCAGAAAAGGAAACGUAACCAAGCCAAAUGAACAACUUAGAAACACUGAAGUCCCAAGGACUUCAUAGUGAUGAUGUCCUUGGGACAAUUGGGCCUUUUAAAAUCUAUUUGGGCAGUUUGGAGGCCCUUUUAGGCCCUUUCGAAAUUCCAGAUGAGGUAAUGAAUGCCUUAUUUCUCAUCAUGAGCAGGAGCCAGCCUGGGACAGAGGCUAUUAAUAGUCAGGCUAUGGGCCUGAUUUUGGAGGGCAGCUCCAGGGCCAGGAGUACUUAUUUCUUAAAAAAAAACAUUCUUAAAGAAGCCAGUGCCGUCUUCGGGCCCUACUUGGUGGGAGAGUGCCACUGGACCCUCUUUCAUUGCAACUUGAAAGAGGGAACUAUAACUUACAUUGAUUCCUUGGGGGAGCAACCACAGCGUUGCUUCCAAAUAAUAGAAAAUUGGAGCUUAUUUGCUGCUAGCAGAGGCUGCCAAGGGCCCUGGAAGCUGAUACAGAGGGACCAUGACUUGCAAAACGACUCUGUGUCAUGUGGAAUGUUUGCAAUAAUGUUUGCAGAAAUGGUCCUCCAGGGACAAGAAGGUCACCUCCAAUGCCUCCCCAUUGCUCAAGAGCGGGAGAGACUUGGGACUUUGUUGAUUAACUCCCUUGAUACGAAGACUCUAAGGAGAAAAAAGGGAAAAAUUGCCAAGCCUAAAAAUACAGAUAAACCUGUUGGAGAGCACCCAUGUGCAGUAGAUGGUGACCCUGCACAGGAAUCUGAGUCUACAGAGUGUAAACAAGUAGAUGGUGACCCUGCACAGGAAUCUGAGUCUACAGAGUGUAAACAAGUAGAUGGUGACCCUGCACAGGAAUCUGAGUCUACAGAGUGUAAACAAGUAGAUGGUGACCCUGCACAGGAAUCUGAGUCUACAGAGUGUGAACAAACAUUAUUUGAAGUGGAGAGUGUUCUCCGAUUACCUGACGGGACCAAGGCCAAAAGAUAUAAAGUGACUAGGGAGGAACUGGUUAGAAGGUGUGGGCCACCAGAGGGCUUUUCACCCAAUGCUCUGGUGGCCUACUUAAGGAAAGGCAAGAGCCAGAAAGAGGCGCUCAUGGCCAAGUUGCACGACUCACAGGUGGAGCCAGGACCACGAAUCAGGCUGUCAACAAGUGUCAGCAAGUUGUGUGAAGAAGAAUGUCUGGCCCUUGCAGAGGAUUUAAAUUACAUGGGUUUUAAAUACCUACCAAUUCAAAAAAUUGGCCAGGCUUGCCUGGAGGAGGACCAUCUUGAGGCCAUCGUCAAGGCCCAACACUGCAGGCAGACACUAACAAGGAUAAAGACAGCGAUGGAGGCCAACUGGUCCGAUUACAAUCUUGCUACGCAUGGCCUUGGGCCAGAAAUUUUGAAGGGUGCGUUUUCUUUAAUUGAUGCGUGCCUGGUCGAGGCAGAGAACCUCCACUGCUUCCAGAAGUAAAUAAAACAUCUCAAUUUUAAAGUGGUAUCAGCAUUUAUGGGUAGCCUUGACAAAGGAAUAGCCUCAGAUUGUUUACUGAAUAAACCACUUUGCACAAUAUAGAUGUGAUUUAACCCAUGUGUUGAAAAAUCAGUUUUUGACCCGAUUUCAAUUUUUGUUUCAUAUCAGAAAAUAUGGGAUGUCAAAAAUAAGUGCUGUAAAUGUGUAAAAUAAAAAAUUUACAAUUUAAAAUGUUGGAAAAAACAAAAACAAA